AUGUGUGAAUAUCUAGGUUGUUUAAAAGGUUCUCUUGACGAAAGGGACUUAAAGAAAUGCGCUGUCAAAUUUUCAGAUGACUUGAUGCGUACAUUUUCUUCCUCGGUCACCAUCAUAAACAAGGUGUUGACCCUUUUGGAGAUGUACAAAUACCAAAUCAAAAAGCUCAAGUUAUUGAGUUAUUGUGAUCACGAAACUGCAUUCUUUUGCUUCGAUACGUCGGCUCAGUUGAUUGCAUUCUUGAAAGCAGCUCCUGAAAGCAAGUAUGGCCCUUUGAUCAACGAUAUUUCUUCAACGCUUGAAGCACUCCGCCCCAGUUUUUUGGAUGUUCAGAUGAUUUUGAAAGCAAAACCCAAUCUACCUAAUCGUUUGGAAAGUCGCUUUGUUCAGCUUAGAAUUGAUAAGUCAAAAUCCUAUACUCCAAUGCAUACACUCAAAUUCCAAGACUAUAUAUCACCUUCGGACUUAAAUCAUCAUUUGAGAUCCUCUCCAGACCUGACACUCGUUGUUGAUUUUAGGAGCAGAAAAGAAUUUGAAUAUAGCCGCAUAAACUUUCUGAAUGUCGUGAAUAUAGAACCCAAGAAUAUCACGAGUUUGUUCGACAAAAAUCCCUCGCCGACAGAUUCUGACCUAGAGAAGUUACUUGAGAGAACGCUAAGUAACGACGACCUUCACCUAUUUCGUAAGAGGCAUGACUUUGAGUUAGUGGUGAUAUACAAUUUCAAGUUCAGUGUCCACUCAGAUAAUAAAUUUGAGUCUUUGACUCCUAUUCUAACAGAAGAUCACUCUUCGCUCAUAACAGAUAACCCCUUCAAGCUGUUAAUCGAGUUGUUCAUGUACCGCAAUCAAUUUUUGAGUUCAAGAUUAAGGAAUUAUCCACUUUUUCUCAAUGGAGGAUUGAAAAGAUGGUAUGAACUUUAUGGUGAGGCUGGUUUGAGUCGGGAGAUAUCUAAGCCAGUUGAUCAAGACAUCAACCAAACAGAAAAUACCGCUGAAGGCCAACAAGCGAGAUACCUAAGAACCUUCCAGGACUACAUCCUGAGCGGAUCUGAAAACUCAAAUAUGCAAAUACCCAGAAAAGGUGGGAAUGAACUUAUCAGAAUAUUUGAAGAAUCUAGUCCCAGGAACUUGCCGGUCAAUGUACAGAGAUCACCUUCCGGAUCCCCAAAUUUCUCUAAUUAUAUUUCCACACAAGAUGAGCUAAAUUUUUGCACUGGUUUGUCAAAUCUUGGAAAUUCAUGCUACAUGAAUUGUAUUCUUCAAUGUUUGGUUGCGACUCCAUAUUUGUCUGCCUUUUUCAUACCAAACCAUUCUUCAGUACAAGGCCAUCAAAAGAAGACGUUCAAGGAUCAUAUAAAUUUGAAAAAUUCCCUUGGACUGCAAGGCAUUAUCACGGUGACAUUUGCCGAGCUUUUGAUGGAUAUGUUGCGUAACAAGGGAUCUUACCUAACGCCGACAAAAUUCAAAGCCAUAACUGGCUCUUUAUCUCCGGCGAAACAGUUUGCCACAAAAGAACAACAAGACUGUAUUGAGUUUCUCAAUUUUAUGUUGGAUUCUUUACAUGAAGAUUUGAAUCAGCGACUGGCCCAAAGUGCUGAAGAGCGCAUGGGAAUAAUGGAGCUUUCAAAAGAACAAGAAAGUGUUAGGGAAAGUCUUCCAGUGAGACUCGCUUCAACAAUUGAAUGGGAAAGGUAUCUUAAGUUGAACUUCUCGGUUGUUGUCGACAUUUUUCAAGGACAAUAUGUUUCUCAAUUGAGAUGCUUAGAGUGUCAAUUGACUUCAAGCACAUAUAAUUCAUUUUCAACUCUCUCAUUACCUAUUCCUGAGACUUUUGAUAAGAAAGCUCGCCCAAUCCUGCUUUUUGAUUGCUUGGAAAAAUUUGUGGAGACCGAACUUCUAGACGAUGAUAACAAAUGGCAUUGUCCCAGGUGUAAAAAGUUUUCCAGGCUGACAAAGAAGUUGGUUAUUUCUCGAUUGCCCAAAAUUCUUAUAAUCCACUUUAAAAGAUUCAAAAUCGAUUAUGGGCGAUUCAAAAAGCUUGAAAAUUUUAUUAAGUACCCCGUGAAUUCGGAUUUGGACUUGACAGCCUAUUGGCCUACAGUUGGAACAUAUAUUAAUUCAUCAUCCACCCAUACUAUGAGUGAGCGUGAAGAACUAAGAUGCUUAUCGAACUUACCAGAACGCCUGCAAAGCCCACCUUUCCGAUACAGACUAUAUGGAGUCGUCAAUCAUUUUGGAAAUUUGACAACUGGACACUAUACCUCUUAUGUCAAAAAGUCGAACAUUCCUGACGAAUGGUGCUAUUUUGAUGAUUCAAAGGUAUUGCGUGGAUGCCCAGAAGCCAAAGUGCUCAAUGAUAAUGCAUAUUGCUUGUUUUACAAACGAAUUUGA